CGCCUCAGAGUCCGCUCACAGAUCUGACCGGGGAUCAGCGCACUGGGCUCCCUCCGACACUACGAGUUACACCAACUGGGACCGAGACCAGAGGAAAUCGUGUUCGUCGGUAGCCAGGUCCGCACGCCAAGACUCAUCCACGGCAGAGCACGGCGAGGGAUCGGACAAGACGGCACCGAGAUCCAGGGGAAGACCGCUGGGAAGCCACGCAGGACUUAAAGAGGCACGUUUAGCGGCGAGCAGGAGAGCGCGGACCGGCUGGCCCCCGCAGGAGGAGUAGAAUUACGCGAAGCUAAUUUCCAACGUUUUCUAUUCUUGGCAGCGACAGUGAGCUCCGCGAGCCACAUUUAUAAGGAGAGCUAGCGGAAUGUAAUGCUAGCAGGCUAGCUAAUGUUAGCUAGCUAAUUAGCUCGUCAGGCAUCCGAGAGUCCGACGUGUGAUCUUUAUUAAAAUAGGUCAGUGUUCGGCGUCGUUUGACUUUUUUUUGGGGGGGGGAGCAGAAGAAGAAGAAGCCGUACUGGAUGUGCUUUGUGUCGGAUCCUGGUCACAAUGAUGAGCCUCGCAUAGCUAAGGCUAAGUUAGACAAUAAACAGUGGACGCUUCACAGAUAUUGAUGAGAAUCGCCUCAAUAUUUUCCGCGUCUUGGGAAAAUCCGUCGUGAGUGUCGAGCUGUGGAGGAGAAGGUAAAAAAAAUAAAAAGAGAAGAAAAAAGAAACGAAGAAAGACUUUUGACUGGUGACUGUCUGCCGUCCAAUGUUAAUGUCGACCGACGUUGCAUCUAUAAUGCUACCCGUUAGUCGGGGAAUCAUGGACCGGGAGAGGGACAUUGAUCCGGCGGCCGGACCCCUCGCCAACGCCGCCGGGGGUCCAGCGGUGGUCCGGGGGAUGAAGCGUGGAGACCCGGAGCCGGACGCUCAGACAGCCGCUGCCCUCACUGACUUGGCCGGGGCGGAGUGCAAGAGACCGAGGAUAGACGGGACCGGGAGCGUCGUUGGUGACAUUGGACAGAACAAUGAGCCUUUAAACCCCGGUUUCCAUGGAUACCCACCUCACAGUCAGGGCUCUCAGGAUUCGACAGGAGGACAGGAGGGUUUGGUUGCCCCGCCCUUUUCAGCCUUCCCCCCUCCACCCCCUCCUCAGAACGGCCUACCGGGAGCAGACUUCGGUCCUGGGGCCAUGUUUGGCGCCGGGGGCCAAGGCACGGCGGAGGUAGGGGCCGGCGCUAACGGAGCCGCCGCCGCCGCCACCGGCAGCAACAACAACGUGAAGGCGGAGGAGACGUCUCAGGGCGAGGCGGGCGUACAGUGCGGUACGGGAGGGACCGGAGCAGGAGGCUCCGCCGGAGACUCCGCGGAGGCCAAAGGGACCCCCAAACGCCUCCACGUCUCAAACAUCCCCUUCCGCUUCCGGGACCCCGACCUCAGGCAGAUGUUUGGGCAAUUCGGGAAGAUUCUGGACGUAGAGAUUAUUUUCAAUGAAAGGGGCUCAAAGGGUUUUGGCUUUGUGACAUUUGAGAACAGCGCAGACGCAGAGAAAGCCAGAGAAAAGCUCCACGGCACGCUGGUGGAAGGUCGCAAGAUUGAGGUGAAUAACGCCACCGCCAGGGUGAUGACUAACAAGAAAAUGGUCAGCCCCUACCCUAAUGGAGAGGCUCUCAGCACGCUGCCCUACGCGGGGUGGAAAUUGAGUCCUAUGGUGGGAGCCGUGUACGGACCGGAGCUGUACGCAGUCCCAGGCUUUCCCUACCCGUCAGCAGCUGCAGCAGCAGCCACAACGGCGGCGGCGGCGUUCCGCGGCGCCCACCUCAGGGGUCGAGGCCGGCCCGUCUACAGCGCCGUGCGGGCCGCCGUGCCUCAGCCUGCCAUCCCCGCCUACCCUGGUGUGGUGUAUCAGGAUGGGUUUUACGGAGCUGCAGACUUGUAUGGAGGCUACCCUGCAGCCGCCGCCGCCGCCGCCGCCUACCGCUACGCCCAGCCCGCUGCUGUAACCGGAGCAACCGCCGCAGCUGCCGCCUACAGCGACAGCUACGGCCGGGUGUACACCACAGAUCCAUACCACGCUUUAGCUCCAGCUGCUGCCGCGUACGGAGUGGGAGCCAUGGCCAGUUUAUACCGGGCGGGCUACAGUAGGUUCGCUCCGUACUAAAACCACAAAUCACAUCCGAGGAAUUUCAAUCUGCUCCAGAUCCUCCCCCCUCCGUUCUGUUUUUUUUGUUUUUUUCUUCCCUCCCGGCUCUUUGGCAGGAGCUUCCUUCCAUUCUUCUUCUGCAGGCAGACUAUUGUGACAACUCAUGUUUUCUUCGUUUUGUGUUUUUUUCUUUUUGUGGCGAGGAGGGAGGUCUUCGCCACAUCAUCAUCAUCAUCAUCAGCUCCGACUCUCUUCUUUCUGUUGCUGACGUGGAGAAAAAAAAAAACUGCCAGGAGUUAAAAAAACAAAAAGAAGAAGAAGCUGGAGCCUGAUGCUUUGAACUAUUCAGGAUGGUUUUUAAAAAAAGAAAAUGAAAACACUACGGGACCUGGAAGGAGACGGACUGCUGAUCCUGUGUGACACUACACAUGUUUUCCUACCGUAUACCCACUGCCCUGUAACCACACCUAUAUCCAGCACCACGUUCUCCUGUAGGACCGCCACAGCACUACGAAGAAACAUCAACGGUACUCGUGUUUUUAAGCACUACAUCGAAGCUGCUCCGUCUGCGGCACUCGUCCCUCUGAUUGUAUAAUAAUGGGAAAAAGAAUCAGAAGUCGAGAAGAUUUGGGAUUUUUUUUCGAAGCCGGAAAACCGAACGCUCGCCCGGAAGCGUCACGAACCACUUGUUGUCUGUUUUUACGACUUUCCCCUCCGAGCGUAUAAGGAAACACAAAAAAAAAAAAAGACAAGGAAAAGAAACACGUGACUGUUUUUUUCUGCAUUACCUCAGUUUUGUUUUUUCUCCGUUUUGUUGUGCCGCCAUCGAUAAGAAGUCGUACAAACGAACUGUGGGUGCGUUUCAGUUUUUGCUCGCCUGCACAUAUUCCAUUUACUACGACACUAAGAUCGGUUUCUUCUAGGACUUCAUCUGCUUCUUCUUCCUCAAAAAAAAAAAAGACUAGUUUCUAUCUCCCCAAAAAAAACAAACCCGUCAGACAUUCCAGCUGUAGCGGCGAACGGACGGACGGACAAACAAAACGAACUGGAUUCAGCUCCCACGCACACGGGAGGCGAAUCAUCCGCCCGUCGGCCGAACGGGGAUCCCUCCUGGCCAGUCGAGGUAUAGUCGGAUCCCAGCAGAACGGUGGAUCCCAGCAGAACGGCCCAGAUUAGAACCCGAAGCACAUCGAAACGGAGCCAUCAUGUGAUUAUAAUAAAAAAAAAAAAACACAAGAGUGAGAUUUUAACAUCCGUUUUCUAUUUAUGAUCAGUGUUUUCACGUAGCUUCAUCGUGUGGUUUCCUCGUCAUGCUCUCUGGGAUUGUUUACUUGUUUGUUUUCCUCACCGGUGCAUCUGAAGGCAUGACAAACAACAGCUCCUCUGUCCUGUAUGUAUCCAUAUACUCACUAUCUUAUAUCUAUUAUUUGCCUUUUUUUUUGUUUUGGUUCCAAAGAUUUUCUGAUAGAAAGAAAAAAAAAAAAAGCACAUUUUUUUUGGUAUUUCUUAUUUCGUGAUUGUUGUUGUUUUUUGUUUUUUUCCCGCCCUUUUAGCCUUGUUUGCUCUAUUUUCCGAAGCAGCGGGAGUCACUCUGACCUGCAAACACACUAAUUUAUUUUUAUCUUUUUUUUUUUGAGGCCUAACACACAAACAAGAUGCUGCAGACGAGGGAGUUAUGGGGGAUGCGUGGAGGGUAUUUGCAUUAUUUCCCAGCAGCAGGGCCAAAUUGGAUGGAUGGAGGAGGUGGAGGGAGUAGGGGAGGUGGAGGAGGAGGUAGGGGGAGCUCCACACAAUGUCAGAAGGGCCCAGCAGUGGCCACCUUCCUGAACAAUGAGACAAAGCGUGGGUGGCUAGUGGAGGGACACGGUGAAGGUGAGAGCCAUUAAUCAUGAGCUGACAGAAUAACAACGCCCCCCGCUGGUGUCGUCUCUUUUUUUUUUUUAUUUCCAGGGGGUUACAGUAGGAGAGGAGGAGCGAGGGGGGCGAUAUUGUUUGUGUGCAGCAGGUCCGACGAGUAUUUCAGUCUUAUUAUUCCUUUACGAGUAUUACCACAAGUGUUGCUAUGCAUGCUUUCGCCAGAGAGGAAAAGAGGAGUGUGUGUGUGUGUCAGGCUUUUGUUUUUUUUUUUAAUUUUUGUUGCAUGAAUUCAAAUCCUAGUGCUGGAGGAGGAAGAGGAGGAGGAGGAGGAGGGUGUUUACAUAGCAGGAAGAGGUCCGGUUGCGAAGCGAGGAGGGCCCCCCGCUAGCUGGUUCGGUCCUCUUCAAUAAUCUGGGUUAUCGCUGCUCUGCGCCUCUGUGGUCGUCGUGGUAAUCACCAGUCAUAUCAGAUGUGUAAAGUUUAAUUUGGUGUGUCUGGACCCCUGUGGUUUGCUUUUAUAAUGAACAUAAAACUCAUAAAUGACGGGAUGACAGCACCGGCCCACCCGCCCCGUGCUAGCUGCUCUUUGGAAUAAAGUUUCCGGAGCGUCAACUCCUUAUGGGAAGGCUUGGGGAACAACCACAGAGGUGUGCUGGACGGGCUUACCCGACUCCCGGCACCGCUCACGUCGACCCAGUGGGAGUUUUUGUACAGCGGUUUAAUAAAUGGGUUUGAAUUGCAUGUGAAGGUUUUUUUGUUUUUUUUGUUUGUUUCGGUCACAUGCGCUCCAAAAAGCUCAUUUAUCCAAGUGAUUUUUAAAAAGAGAAAGAAAGAAAAAAAAAAAAAAAGUGACAUGUAUUAUCUCACCAUGUUUUAUUUCGCCAUCCUCGUGUCUGCCUUCUGUUUAUUCUCUUCAUUAUUAUUGAAUGUAUAUAAUAAAUAAACUGUUUGGUUUUUAUA